AUGGGUGAUAUUUAUCCUUUUGAUCAUUACCAAGAUUAUGAUUCUGAAACAACCAUUGAGUUAUCGUCCAGAAAUUUAGAGGUAUUUCCCAAAUUUACUUCUAAUAAGGCAGUCACUAUGAUUUGUUUGCAUGACAACAAAAUUACGGCAUUGCCUAAUGACUUUUUUACAUCAUUUCCAAAUUUGGUAUGGCUUGACUUACGAGACAAUUCUCUAGAAACUAUUCCAGUAUCGAUAAAAAAUCACCUUUGUCUCACACAUUUACUAUUGCAAAAUAAUAAUCUCACGUCUUUACCCAACGAAGUAGGCACUGCAAUGUGCCUGAAAGUACUUCAAUUGAGCGGAAAUCCGUUAGUUUACCCGCCAAAAGAAAUAUUAAGCGCGGGAACUAGUAAAAUUCUGAAAUUUCUUUAUAAUCACUUCCUCGCAAAUCUGGUAGACGUAAAUUCCGUCUCUUCAGAAAAAGCCAGUGAAUUUGAAGCGGUUGACGAAAUAUUGAGUAAUGAAGCUAGAAGUUACAACUCGGUGUUGGACGGGAGUGCCAUUAAAAAACUAAAUAAGUUAUCUGUUAAGUUUUACGAAAGAGAUGAGGAUAGUGAGUAUUAUGAUAAGUUGAAGGGCAAAUGCCCGAAAUUGGCGAUUAGUCGGCAGAAAACAUUGACGCCGCAUUCCCAAAGUUCAAAGUACUUACAGCCAAUUAGAACUGCGGGGAAAACGGAACAAGACCAAAGGAUUCUACAAAGUCAUUUGAAAGAUCUCGCAGUGAAGAAACGAAGAGAUUUUAUCGCUCGAGCCGAUAAGAUCAUUCAGGACAAAAAGAAUAUGCAACUUCUUCGCAACUGGCGGAAAAAUUAUAAAAACCGUAAACUGUUUUUAUCGAACGAUACUACGAAUUACUCCGAACCGCAGUACCCAUACGACACGAAUCCAGAAUACAUGACAUUCUUAACCAGAGAAGAUAUUGAAAAGGAUUUACCCGAUAAAUACAGGAAAAACAUUGUUAGGAGGUCUAAGCCUAGCGUUCCUAGGACGAAUACUAGCGACGUUCACCUAGCGAUGAAAAUAAAACAAUUGUUUGAGAACUUAGAAGCCAUCGACUUGCAAACCAAUGAAAUGACGCCCAGGACUGAGCAAAAGGUUCUUUUGCAUGAAAUACAGAAGAUAUCUGAAAUCAAACAGAAAUUAACAGAAUUGUCAUUGACAAACUCAAAAUCGGUUGUGGAUUAG